AUGCGCGCUCUUCGACUUCUUUCUUCACGCUCUGUCCCCGUCUGUCGUCGCACCUUUACCUUCACUUCUACCGUCAAUAUGAGCGAGAUCACUCACCCCUCUAUCAAGGAUGGCUGGUUCUCCGAGCAGUCCCGCAUGUGGCCCGGUCAGGCCAUGACCCUCAAGGUCAACCAGGUUCUGCACCACGAGAAGUCCAAGUACCAGGACGUCCUCGUCUUCGAGAGCAGCGACUACGGCACCGUCCUGGUCCUGGAUAACGCUAUCCAGUGCACCGAGCGUGAUGAGUUCUCCUACCAGGAGAUGAUCACCCACCUCGCCAUGAACUCCCACCCCAACCCCAAGAAGGUCCUGGUUAUCGGUGGCGGCGACGGCGGUGUCCUCCGUGAGGUUGUCAAGCACGAGUGCGUCGAGGAGGCUACCCUCUGCGACAUUGACGAGGCCGUCAUCCGCGUCUCCAAGAAGUACCUGCCCGGCAUGAGCAUUGGCUUCUCCCACCCCAAGUCUCGCGAGUACGUCGGUGACGGCUUCGAGUUCCUCAAGAACCACAAGAACGAGUUCGAUGUUAUCAUCACCGACUCCUCUGACCCCGAUGGUCCCGCCGAGGUCCUCUUCCAGAAGCCCUACUUCGAGCUUCUCAACGAUGCCCUCACGGAGGGCGGUGUCAUCACCACCCAGGGCGAGAACCUCUGGCUCCACCUCGACCUCAUCGCCAACCUGAAGAAGGCCUGCAGCGAGGUCUUCCCCGUUGUCGAGUACGCCUACACCACCAUCCCCACCUAUCCCUCCGGCCAGAUCGGCUUCAUGGUCUGCUGCAAGGACGCCAAGCGCAACCUUCGCGAGCCCGUCCGCGCCUGGACCCGCGAGGAGGAGGACAAGCUUUGCCGCUACUACAGCCAGGAUAUCCACCGCGCCAGCUUCGUCCUGCCCAACUUUGCCCGCAAGGUUCUGGAUAACUAA